CGGAGGGCGACUCGGGAGUUUGGGACAUUAGAAAAAAAAUGCUGUGUGGAGGUGUAAGAGCAGCAGUUAACGGUCGCACAAACAUCUUAUCAUUUCCUCGUCUCCGCCCUUCUUCUUCUUCUCCGUUCAAAUUCUUCUACUUUCCCUCCACCACCCGCCUCUACGCCGCUCAAUCACAACCGUCCAUCAAUAUGUCCGCGGGCAGUCCACCUGAGUUCAUAGAACACAUCGUUCUCUUCAAAGUGAAACCAGAUAUUGACCCUUCCAAAGCAACGGCCAUGGUCAACAACCUCAGUAGUCUCGCCUCACUCGAUUCCGUCCUCCACCUCACCGCCGGCCAGCUCCUCCGGUCCAGAUCCUCCUCUCUCACCUUCACUCACAUGCUCCACUCUCGCUACGCCUCCAAGUCCGACCUCGAUGCUUACUCCGCACACCCCGACCACGUCGCCGUCGUCAACAAUUACGUCAAGCCUAUCGUCGAUGACAUUAUGGCCGUCGAUUGGGUCGCCAGCGGCGCCGGCGCGGUUAAAAUUCCUCCCGGUUCGGCUAUGAGGGUGACGUUUUUGAAAUUGAAGGAGGGCUCCGGGGAGGAUGAGAAAAAUGAGGUUUUGGGGGUGAUUGGGGGAAUCAAAGAGAAGUUUCCGGGGAUUGAGCAGUUGAGUUUUGGGGAGAACUUUUCUCCCGGGAGAGCGAAAGGGUUUUCAAUCGCCUCUGUUGCAGUACUCAAUGGGGUUAAUGAAUUGGAGGGAUUGGAUGCGGAACCGGAGGCGGCCAAUAAGCAGAAGGAUUUGGUUAGGGAUAAGCUAGAUGGUGUGGUGGUGCUGGAUUACGUUGUUCCUCCGCCGCAGACGGCUAGCCUCUGAUGAAGGAAGACUUUCAGAUACGAGUAUACAACAAGGAUAGCAAUUUUGCAAUUUUUCAUCUUGAGCCCUAUCAGCCUCCUCCUCUCGGUUUGAUUUCUGGCAUGCAGGUCAACUGCUCUAGUACUAAAAAUUGUUUUACGUGAAGUAAUCGCUGUGCAACCAAUGACAGCGCAACUGGCAAAUUUGGAAUGGGAAGUUUGGUUCAGUUUCACUCUCAACUAGUGUCCCCAUAGUCCUCCCCAUGGUGCCAUUCUAUAGAACUGGAACUACUUUUGCUCGGUUGAAGUUGGUCAGUUCACUGCUUUUUAAGAAAUUUCUCUUGUGCAAGGAUGAUGAUGAAAAGAAGAAAGUAAUGCAUAUGGUUCAGCCAAUUCUCUCACAGGCCACAGUAACUGAAGAUGACCACACUACGCAAAGAAAACUGCAAUACCCCUCCAAGUGAUUUCUAAGCGCCAAUGCUAUCCUUAGCCACCUUCCCUCGUCCUCUUUAUUUCUCUCACCCUGCCCUGCCCUUUUAGCAUUGGCCAUGUGAUGUUCAUCCCGUGCUUUUCUUCAGGUCCAGGCCUGCAUAUAUCCACAAGCAUGUCAAGCCUUGAAAGAUUUUAUCUUGUUAUUUUGACUAGUGAUUGUCAAUUUCUUCUCAAGAAUUCAACUCGCCUUAAGUAUGACCAAAAGGUGACUGGCACUGGUACAUGCUGCUUAAUUCCAUUUUGCGGACGCAGCUGAAGAACUCUGGUUUAACCGUGCAGAUGAUUGUUGAAUUUCAUGUGCUGUGCUUGAAGUGCAUAGCGGUUUGACUUGUGAGUGUUGGUGGUGUGUCAGCCAUUGUUCUUGCACUCAGUGUCUGUAGUUUGAUGUCUGGAACUGGAGCUGUACAUAAUGGAGUUGUGAAUGCAAACUCUGGUUUGAUCUAGUUUUGCUUUCUCUUGCCAUGCAAACUUAAGUGUAAGUUGAAGAAAUUCCUCACCCUAUGACCAUCUCCAAUUUUCCUUUAUAGGAGGCUACUCUACUUGUCUAAA